AUGCGAUGGGCACUGCACAGCAAGUUACCGGUUUUGGCAUCACUUGCUGUUCAUUUUAGAAGAAGAAUGCUUGUGAAUAACAAACAAUUAACUGCAUCUUUCACUGUGGUCAGCAGAUGCUUGUCUGACAGUCGACAAAGACAUCAGAUUAAAUCGAAGUCAUUAUUUGGAAAGACCUAUUGGCGACUAUCUACAAUUUCUCCAAUUCCUGAGAUUGUUUUUAUGUUUAUCCCAUUGGAUGAA